CCCAUUUCAUAUACACUACUCUUCGUAUUUUCUUAGUCAUGAACAGAUUUCUAAGUUUUUUCUUCUGUUUUCUUCUAAUUAUAUUACCAUCUCUUGUUCAUGGUGAAUGUACAUGUGAUGCUGAAGAUUUAGAAGACAUAGAUAAAUCCACAGCUCUUAAAUAUAAACUUGGAGCUAUAGCUGCAAUUCUUGUUGCCGGUGCAGUUGGUGUUUGUCUCCCAAUGCUAGGAAAAGUUGUUCCGGCUUUAAGCCCCGAAAAGAAUAUUUUCUUUAUAAUCAAGUCAUUCGCGGCUGGUGUAAUUUUGGCAACGGGGUUCGUGCAUAUACUUCCGGAUGCUUUCGAUGAUUUGUCUUCUCCGUGUCUUGAUGAAAAUCCUUGGGGAAAGUUCCCGUUUUCCGGGUUUAUAGCAAUGGUGUCCGCCAUUGGAACUUUGAUGGUCGAUACUUGUGCUACGUCGUAUUUUAGCAAAUCGGGUAUAAGUAAAAAAUCUUUAUCCACUGUAGUGACUAGUGGAGACGAAGAGAAGGUUGGAGGAGAGGUUCAUGUUCAUACUCAUGCAACUCAUGGACAUUCUCAUGGUACAGUUUUAGGUGACAAGUCUGGUGCAUCAGAGCUUCUUCGACAUCGAGUUAUUUCUCAGGUUUUGGAGCUGGGGAUCGUGGUGCACUCAGUAAUAAUAGGAAUUUCUUUAGGUGCAUCCGAAAGUCCAAAGACAAUAAAGCCACUGCUUGCUGCAUUGACUUUUCAUCAGUUCUUUGAGGGGAUGGGACUUGGUGGCUGCAUUUUUCAGGCCAAGUUCAAGGCAAGAGCAACAGCAAUAAUGGCAUUAUUUUUCUCAUUGACAACACCAGUGGGGAUUGGAAUAGGCAUUGGCAUAACAAAUGUAUACAAUGAGAAUAGCCCAACUGCCCUAAUUGUUCAGGGAGUUUUUAACUCAGCAGCAGCUGGAAUUUUAGUGUACAUGGCUUUGGUAGAUCUUCUUGCUGCUGAUUUCAUGAACCCUAAAGUUCAAUCCAGUUUAAAACUUCAAUUUGGUGUUAAUAUUUCUCUUCUUCUUGGAGCUGGCUGCAUGUCUCUCUUGGCCAAAUGGGCUUAAUUUUCUUCGUUUUUUAUUUUUUAAGUUUGUGUGAUUCAUAUUUUUUUCAGUUCUUACGUAAUUAAAUUACUUUGAUUUGGCUUCUAAUUAUAUUUGGAGGUUUGA